GUCCAUCUUACAGCGGAGAAGCUUGUCGCGCUGAAAUUGAUUGCGUAAAGCGCUGGCAGCUAUCAACUGCGUCGCCAUGACGAGAGUACUGAUACCUGCUGGGCGCCGCAAUUCUCGUCGAUCCAAAUCGGACAUCCGCACGCACCGGGAUGUCAUUGUUCGGCGGUGAUGAUCUAUCUGCUGCAAAUAGCUCAUCGCAAGCAUUUCCUGCGGCUCAGCAGGAUUCAUUGAGCGGAAAUGGUCACUCAGCACCGGUACCAGCUUCACAUAAUACCGGCCUUGAUCUGAACGACAAUGAUGCAUCCAAUGCGCCUGUGACCACUGAAGACGAACGGCAAUCCGAGGAGCAAGCAGAAGAAGACAAUGGAGACUUUGACUACAUGAGCAGUGGAACCUCACAGUCUGAAGAGAGGCCGAAUAAAUUCCAGGGGAAAGCAUGGGAAUGGCGAUCAUGGACGGCUCCAGAGCGUCAGCUGGCUGCGAGCUUAGACCAGCUUCAAGCGGAAGAUCUUAGCUUGCAUCUUUAUAAUGCCCAUGGCUUGAAGCGACGCUUGCGGAAACGUUCGGGCGAACAUGUUCCCAAAAGCUGGAGAAGCAAGGAGAGCUGGAUCUCCAACGAAGCGGAGUGGCGUCCGAGCAAACCUUGGACCGCUUGGCCUGUUCGACCAGAUAUUGUUCCCCGAGAGACCGAGGGCUUCAACCGCAAGGCCAACGACGAGUUUGAUGCUUAUACGAUAAAACGCGCUGGUACGUGGAAGCCAAGCUUCUGGUUAGAAGAAGAGCUCAUGGCCACGACGCUACGGAUCGCAAAGGAUGGUUUUGACAAUCGAGAAUUGGAAGAAGAAUGGAUUGAGAGCGAAGAAGGGACAGCUCAGAACGGUGAUAUCCCAGACAUCAAGGAUGCUGCAUAUAUGACAGAUGAUUCGCAGGCGGGCAUGUCAGAUUAUCCGAGAAAGCUUAGGGUUCGACGAAAGGUCAGAAGGGAGGAUCCAGGACCGCCGCUGAGACCUGUCGUGAUGGCAGACGAUGAUCAGGCAAAGCGGAUAUUACAACCCACGACUCGCCAUAUACUUUCGAGCUUGGACAAUCUCCUCGCCGGCCUACGUCAUUCGCGUCAAGCUUAUGCACUCUCAUCAACAGAGGGAGAUACGAGCGAUGCUCAAACCGAACUCGAACCUGAGCCAGCUCGUGCAGAACGCUCAGAGAAGGAUGAGACUGCCAAUCAAACCAAGCGUCGCGCAGGCCGGCCGCGUAAACCCAGGCCUCUCGUCCCCACAGAUAUUCCGCCGGUCCCAGCUCAAGAGGAAGAUGACGAGUUGAGUGAUUCGUCGCCCGCUUCAGCGGGCAAAAAGCGUAAAGUUGGUCGGCCAAGGAAAUACCCCAAACCUCUCGAAGGCGAGACAUAUUACAUGAUGCGCCAACGUCUAGCUGAGGAAUCAAAGCUUUCAGCUCGCGCUCGGCGGGCAGCUCAUCGUGCAAAUGUCUCGACAUCAGAGCCUGAAUCUCCCACUGCAUCACAAUCCACACAACGAAAGCCGAACGAUAAAAUGAGAAGCCAUUCCAAAAAUAGGUCAAAGAGCACAGGCUACAGCUCUUCUGGCUCAACUUCUGAUCUUUCAGCACGGAGCGUCACCAAGCGGUCCGGGUCGUCGACCGACGAAAAGGCUUCGCGGCAGUCUAGAACGUUUGAGAGCUUGGGUUUGCGCGACUGGAGUGAGGUCAUAGGUAUUGCUUCAAUUGUUGGAUGGGAUCCUAAGGUAGUGGCGCGGACAGCGAGCAGAUGUGCCAAAUUGUUCGGCGAGAGUCUCGAAAUGAGGACGCUAGGAGAUAAAGGUGCUCCAGUCACGACGGAAAGCAUUACAGAAUUUACGCCAUUUGGUGUUCGGUCCGAUAGUAUCAACGCGCCAUCAGUGAGCUCGAGGAACAAUCCCGCCUCACGAGAAAACAGUACAUCGCUUGCUGCUGAAUCGAGGCUGAAUGAAGCUGCCAGUGCUUCAAUAUCGUCCUUGUCUCAGCCUUGCCUCGAGGGAUCUCUUACACGACCGCGUCCUCGUCUUCCCCAAGCCGUACCGUACUCGCCCUGGUCAUUGGAUCCGCAACGCACCUGUCCCAUCCCGGAAUGCAGAUACCACAAUCACGUCUUCAAAAAGCGCUGGAACUUGCACAAUCAUAUACGUCGAACGCAUGGCGAAGAAUUCCUCUCCAGCGCCGACACUACCCAUCGCCCAACCCCAACACCAGCAUCAUCUUGCCGUGUACCAGGCACUCCCGUCCCGUCCACUAUUCCUACCCCUCCAGUCGGCCUCGCUGUCAAUGGUGUGGAUCGCAAUUCCAUGCCUGCUUCCAUACACACUUCUCCCAGCAGAGGCGGCGGCUCAAAGAACUUGGACAUUGAUCUGAUCCCUCACGCUCUUCUGCAUCCCUACGACGAAACACUAGGCGGCGUCCAUGUUGAUGGAUUCCUCAAACCAAUUCCCCCGCCGCCCCCAAUUCGUGGCCAGGAUCGAACCAAGAGGAAAGCCCGAACAGAUUAUAUGCAAGCCAAGCGGAAAAGGUCAAGUCCGUCGGUGUCAAAAGAAUCUCAGAGAAGUCGUCUAAAGGAGGACGAGAAGGACGCAGAGAUUGCAAUGCAAGAUAGACUUGACGCCUAUUCGGCCUCCAAGGCAGAAAAAGAUAAACAACAACAACAAGGCCUCCGCGACCAUACGACGAAUCAAGACACAGAUACCGAUACAGAAAUGGACGACGUUUCUGACGCCUAAUCUAACCAACAAUACUGGAUCUCUUUUGGAUACAAUUUGGGAUCAUCGGUUGCUACUCCUUUUCUUAUUUCUUCUAUUCUUCCUCUGCGCUGCGAUGCGCUGUCCUGGUCUAUUCUGUGCUGGAUAAAUUGUAG